GAGUCAGGGCUAAGGACUCUGAACAAAGGUCUCGGGUAGGGCUCCUCAGAACUUCCGGGGCUGGCCCACUGCCUCUCCCCAAGGCCGGUCCUCUGCCUUUGGCCCUGCAGACAUACCUUCUCUCAGCACCAUGGAGGUCGACCGGUCGGCAGCCCUGGAGUCCACCUCCAAGAAGCCCCACGGGGCAGGCCAGGUGGGAGACCCCAAGCACGCCCCCGACAAAGUUGAGGGAGCUGAUAACCCGAAGCAUCAGCACGGCCACGGCCACGGCCACGGGCACGGGCACGGCCACGGCCACGGCCACGGGCACGGGCACGGGCACGGAAGCUCCUCAGGUUCCGGCAGCAGCUCCAGCGACUCAGAAAAUGAGGCGAAGCCCAGCGCUGCCGGCUCCGAGCUAUACAAAAGCGCCCCGGGCAAGGUCAAGAAGCCCAAGGUGAAAAAGGAGAAGAAGAAGGAGGAGAAGAAGGAAGAGAAGAAGGAGGAGAAGAAGGAGGGCAAGAAGAAGGAGGGGAAGAAGGAGGCUUCCCACUAACGGGCCUCUCCGGGGCUCAGUAAACCUUCUCUCGGCC